GCGGAGCGUGCAGGCGCAGGCGACAGCAGCGCGGAGGUAGGGCCGGCGGCCGGGAAGCGGGAUCGGGCCAGCAGCACCCGGCAGCCCGAGGGGGGCUGCCUCGGUGCCUUCGUCCCCCCGCAAGCCUGGGCCUCUCGCCACGAGCUUUACAGCCCUUGUCCCUGCCAUGGCACCUGGGAAGCCCGGGAAGAGCACAGGGGCCUCGGAGCACCCCUCGGUUACACUUUUCCGGGAGUACCUGAGGAUCGACACCGUCCACCCCAAGCCUGACUAUGAUGCGGCCGUCCGGUUUCUGGAGCGCAUUGGCACCAACCUGGGCUUGGCCUGCCAGAAAGUGGAGGUGUGCCAGGGCCAUGUGGUGCUGAUCCUGACCUGGCAGGGCACGAACCCCCUCCUGCGCUCCAUCCUCCUCAACUCCCACACCGAUGUCGUGCCUGUCUUUGAGGAACACUGGACCUACCCACCCUUCGAGGCUGUUAAGGAUUCACAAGGCAACAUCUAUGCCCGGGGUGCCCAGGAUAUGAAGUGUGUCUCCAUCCAGUACCUCGAGGCCAUCAGAAGGCUGAAGGCAGAGGGAAAGUGUUUUGCCCGCACCAUCCACCUCACCUUUGUGCCUGACGAGGAGAUGGGUGGACACAAAGGUAUGGAGAUUUUCGUACAGCGCCCCGAGUUCAGAGCACUCAAUGUGGGCUUCGCCCUGGAUGAGGGCCUGGCGAGCCCAUCCGACACCUUCAGCGUCUUUUAUGGUGAGAAGAGCCCAUGGUGGAUAAAGGUGAAGUGCAUGGGUAGCCCUGGGCACGGGUCCCGCUUCAUCAGCAACACGGCAGCUGAGAAGAUGCACAAAGUCAUCAGCUCCUUCCUGGCCUUCAGGGAGAGCGAGAAGCAGAGGCUCAAGUCCGACUCAAGCCUGACCCUAGGGGAUGUCACCUCGCUCAACCUGACCAUGCUGGAGGGGGGUGUCUCCUUCAAUGUGGUGCCCUCCGAGAUGGCGGCCAGCUUUGACAUCCGAAUUCCACCCACCAUGGACCUGAAGGCCUUUGAGGAGCAGGUGGCUGCGUGGUGCCAGGCUGCCGGGGAUGGCGUCACCUAUGAGUUUCACCAGAAAUGCAUGGACCAACACAUCACCUCCACCGAGGAGUCAGACCCGUGGUGGAAAGCCUUCAGUGGGGUCUGCAGGGACAUGAAGCUGCAGCUCAAGCUUGAGAUCUUCCCCGCUGCCACCGACAGCCGCUACAUCCGUGCGGCAGGACACCCUGCUAUUGGCUUCUCACCCAUGAACCGCACCCCAGUGCUGCUCCACGACCACAAUGAGUUCCUCAAUGAGCAAGUCUUCCUGCAGGGAAUCGACAUCUACACCCGCCUCCUGCCUGCCCUGGCAUCAGUGGCCUCGCUGCCUGGUGAGGGCUGAGUGCCCUGGUGAGGGGCAGGACAGGGGGGUGCCAAGUAGUGGGACACAAGGCUUUAAAAAAGGGGCAGGGGGUGGGCACAGCCAAUGUCUGCCAGCAUGCCAGGGACCCAGCUGCCAUCAUGGCGUGUUGGCUGUGCUCAGGGCUGGCCGAGUGGCGAUGCCUGUGCCAAGUGUCCUCCCUGUGCCCUCGAAAUCUGGGCCCCAGCAAUCAGCCCUGUGCCCACCAAACGGUUGUGUCCCCCUUGCCUGGCUGCCACCAGAGCCCCAUGCCUGGGUGCCUCCUGCCUUUCCUGCUGUUGGCUAUGCCUCCCUUGUCCCUGUGCCAUCUCUGGCUGCACUGGCUGUGGGGUAAGGGGCUGUCUGGUGCCCUGCUCUGCCUGCCUAUGCCUCGUCCUGCCUCCCUGCCCACUUGCUGGGGGAGCUGGGGCCAGCGCCCCCAUCCUCCCCAUGCAGGUCAAUAAAUCUCCUUGGUAAGCACA